AUGACCCUCAUGAUGGUCUUUUCACUGGCGGGGGGAUGCUACGCCAGCUCUGAAGGUCCUAAAACAUGGAUAUCCCUUGGUCGUUGCAAUGGCAAGAGGCAGUCACCCAUCAACAUCAUCCUGAGUGAAGUCUCCCACAACCCCAGUUUGGGUCCCGUGUCUCUGGUUGGUUAUGAGAACAGCAAAGAGCUGCGGGAAAUCAAGAACACUGGGAAGACAGUUGACGUACACCUGGGAGAUGGUCUCCACCUUGGUGGCUUUGGCCUUCCUGCACGGUACACAGCCAAAUCCUUUCACCUUCAUUGGGGAGAUGGUGUCUUUCAGCCUGGUUCUGAGCAUCAGAUUGAUGGCAAACGAUAUUCAAUGGAGCUGCACAUUGUACAUACCAAAAACAACAUGAACAUGUCGGAUGCUGUGAAGGAUCCAAAAGGCAUCGCGGUGCUGGCAUUUUUUGUCGAGGGAUCUGAGAAGGCUCAGAGCAAAACUGCAGAUGCGUGGGAAUCAUUUGCAAAGAAUCUCAAGAAAGUUUCCAAAAAAGGGGAAGACGAGGAUCUUGACAGCUCAGUUUCUCUGCUGGACUUGAUGGGUUCCACGGACCUGGCCCGCUAUUACCGCUACCCUGGAUCCCUCACCACCCCUGGCUGUGAUGAGGCUGUCGUAUGGACCAUCUUUGCUGAACCCAUCCAGGUGCCGCCCAAAGUGGUCAAAAAAUUUUCUUCGGAGCUGUCUUCUACGGAUUCUUCCAAGGGACCCCAGCUAAAAAACAACUUCCGUCCUGUGCAGAAGACUGGGGAUCGGAAAGUGGAGGCAUCUGAUGCUUUGAAAGAUCACCUGUCUUCAGCUGCCUUUCUUGUUUCUCCUCCAGUUGUAUUUAUCCUCUUCCUUUCUAUCACCACCUUUGUACCAUUCUUAUCGGUAUAA